GGGUGUAUUUUUAAUCCCCUCCUCUCUGCUCGCACCGCACUCUGCGCAUUGCAAGACGUGACUACGCUUCUGACAAUCCGAAUCUGGGCAAAGCCAAGGUUUGUAACACACAGGGACCGGAGUGACAGAGGGAAGGGAAUGCAGGGAAUCCGAUCCCACUGCAGAUUUCAAGACUUGUGCCUCUUAUAUACUUGUAUCGGAUACGCUGAAUGGUUGAAGGCAUGCAGUAAACAGCCAUGGAAAAUGACCAAAGUCCAACAACAUCUACCACGACUAACACAGUUAACACAUCUCCCCGAACACAGACACCACAAAUCUCCAUCUACAGCAGCACCGAUAGACAAGCUGUUCAAGUUAUCCAGCAGGCUUUGCAUCGACAACCUAGUACUCCAGCCCAGUACCUGCAGCAGAUGUAUGCAGCACAGCAGCAGCAUAUAAUGCUGCAGACGGCAGCUCUUCAGCAACAACACCUGAGCAGCUCACAACUUCAAAGCCUGGCAGCUGUCCAACAGGGAAGCAUGCCAGCAGGCCGUCAGACUUCAUCACCCACAGGGAGCCAGCAAUCAAGUGUAUCACAGACUUCAAUUAACCUGUCGGCUACUCCAACUGCUACACAGCUGAUAAGCCGUUCUCAAACCUCCAGCACUUCAAGCAGCGGAAUCACCCAACAAGCCAUGCUCCUGGGAAAUGCCACACCCACUCUUACUGCAAGCCAGGCCCAGAUGUACCUCAGAGCUCAAAUGCUGAUUUUCACACCCACUGCUACUGUAGCUACUGUACCACCAGAUAUUCCUGCCACUUCCUCCUCUUCUUCCGCGGUGUCUGCAUCCACUCAGGUUCAGAAUCUAGCAGUUCGAAGCCAACAGUCAGGAGCAUUGCCUGCUCCCACUCUACAGAGUGUCCCUCUGAAAGGUACCUGUCAGACUCCGCAGAUAUCGAUGGGUCAUGCAAAGACUACAGUCCAGGGAGCCAGCUGCAAAGCCAGCCAGCUCGACUCUGCUCCUGAGAAUGCAAAGAAAGGAGAGAGCCUGACAUCAAGUCCUGAGCCACGGGGGGCCACGGUUACAAGGACACAAAUAGCAGCAAGCACACAGCAGCUAAUAGCUCCUGCACCCUAUACGCCAAUUCAACCACAUCAGCUGAUUAAACAGCACCAGAUUCCGCUGCAUCAGACUACAUCCAAAGCACAUCAUCAGCUUAUCAUUCAUCAGCAACAGCUUCAACACAGACACCAACUGCAGCACCAACUGCAACCUUUAUCGCUUCAGGCCCAGACUUCUGACUCUACCCAAUCUCAGCAUUGUCUGCCAAUCCAGGCUCACAGCCAGCCACUAAUCCAAGCCUCUUCCCAAUCGCAGCAUUGCAUAUCGAUCCAAGCUCACAGCCAGCCAUUGAGCCAACCUUCAGCUCAUUCUCAUUCGCAAAGCCAGCAGCAGACGGUUGUGGUCUCUCCAGUACCUUCUCAAUCACCGCCUAGUCCAUCAUCAACGAUCAUAAUACAACCACAUGCACUGCUGCAGACGCAGUCUCAUGCAUUGGUACAGGCACCUCUGCACGUGGGUCCAAACCAACAGCAAGGAUCAGCACAGGUACAGCCUGCUCAGCAAUCACACCAGGCUCACUUACCACCAGCCCAGCAAUCGCCAGUGGCUCAUAUUGGACCAAUACAACACGCAAGUUCAGUGAUGCUGAGCCAGACACAUACAACACAUUUAUCCACACAUCAAACCUCGGAAGUGAUAUCAACCCCGGUGUCGUCUUCUCAAGACUGCCCAUCAACUCCUCCAGCCCAGCUCCAGCGGGUGCCUGUGCAGUCAGUUCAAGCUCUAACAAUCCAACCUGAAAUUCUGUGUCCUACACGGGUACUACCACAGACUGUUUUAGCUUCACAGGAGCAGCUCCCAGCAGCCCAAGCACUUAUCCAAAUGCCUUUUCAGACUCUUCCUCCUCCCCAGACCACAGCUGUUAACCUUCAAAUCCAGCCUUCAGCCCCAGUUGAUGCACCACUGGUUUGUCCAGCAGCAGAAACCUGCGAUCAGGAAAAGAGAGAACAUAGGGGACGAUCCUUCUCAGCCAGUGGAGGACGUCCGACAUCCCCUUCACAGUCAGAAUCCUGCCUCGCAUCACAUCAUGGAGAUAUGACAGUGACAAACAUCUGCCAAGAGCGAAUAGGGCUGCCCGCUGUGACAUCAGCAAGUGCCUCUGUCAUCAGGUCCUCUGCAGAUCACCUACAUAUGUCCAGCUGCUCACCACUCAUUGUUCCACCUGCUAAACUGAGAGCUGGCAGCACAGCCACCUCCAGCACUCCUCCAGGCUCAGACAACAAACCGCCGCAGGCCAUCGUAAAACCACACAUAUUGACUCAUGUCAUUGAAGGGUUUGUGAUUCAGGAGGGACUGGAACCAUUUCCUGUGGGCCGCUCCUCACUGCUGACCGAGCAGCCAAUCAAGCAGAAAAAUUGUGAGGAUUCAUUGGUGACCCCCACACCCGUUCAACCUGCCGUAGAUGAUCAGAAUAAUGCAGAGCAAAAAGAGGAAGAUUCCUUUGAGAGUGACGCAGAUGACCUCCCUGAAGACGAUGGGAUGGAGGGAGACAAUCCUGACAUGCUCAAGUGUGAGUUCUGUGGGAAGAUGGACUUCGCUCAUAAGUUCAGAAGAUCAAAGCGCUUCUGCUCCAUGUCAUGUGCUAAAAGGUACAAUGUUGGCUGCAGUAAACGGAUGGGACUCUUUAAAUCAGACAAAAGCUCACGUUGGGCAAGAAAACCAGACUCUCACAUCUUCAGCCGGAGAGGAAGGCGACCUAACGUUGUUGAGGGAGCAUCACGGGAACACUUUAUCAGACAGAUGCCUGUUAAUUUCACUCCUGCUGAGGAGGUCACAGCAACUUCCAAUCUGCCACUUCCUGAAGAAACUGUGACUGCUGCCAUGACAACUCGCCGUCGCCAGAAUGAACUGGAGCGGGAACGGGAGAUGCGGGAGCUGAGGAUGAGGGAGAUCUCAGAAAGCAGUGAAAUGCUGCAGUCUGAUCCAACAACAUGGACGGUGGACCAUGUGUGGGAAUUCAUACACUCUCUACCAGGUUGUCAAGACAUUGCAGAUGAAUUUCGAUCCCAGGAGAUUGAUGGGCAGGCACUGCUUUUACUCAAGGAGGAUCACCUUAUGAGCGCAAUGAACAUCAAGCUUGGGCCAGCACUGAAGAUCUGUGCACGGAUCAACAUGCUGAAGGAAUCAUAACCUCCAUCUCCAAAAGAAAAGUUUUGAAGGCUUUUUGAUGUCUCUGAUUUAAGAGAAAAUAAGUCUUACAAAGUCUUGAAGUUAGAGCUAGAGCCACAUAUACCUUCAGUCUAUAACAAGUUAUAUAUCUGCAAGACCUCACAGCAGACUAGCUACUGUUAAAUGAACAGUGAAAAUAAUGGGGGCUGUGUGCAUGGUAACCUCAUUAAGCAUUUCAAAUUAUAUUCAUUGCAGCACCAAAAGUGGUGUAAUUUAUUAUUUGAAUUGCAAAUUGGAUUAUUUUAAAUUACUGCGACCCAUUCACUCUACUUUAUAUUAUAUUAGAUACAAGAUUUUGAAUGCUAUUAACAGGCUAGGGCUCUGCAGCUUUGAACGUAAACAUCUAAGAGAGGACCUUAUUGAGGUUUAGAAAAUUUUAAAUGAGUUUAGAAGAGUAAACCAAGAACCAAAAAAUAAACCUAAUAAACUUUAUGAUGCACUGAGGCAGAAGAACAAGAAGAUAUGGGUUUAAAGUUGCAAAGGACAAUUUCAGGAUAGACACCAGGAAGUUUUUCUU